GUUUGUGUCAUAUUUGUAGUAUAUAUACAUACAAGUACCGCGCCUCGAUGGCUUUCCAAAUAGCAAAUCUUAAAAGGUACUUGUGUAGGCUCGGCGCUCUCGUCCGAUUCACCAAGGCUAGUUUUUUCUUAUCAGGUGAUCAACUAACCUUCAUAUCAAACAAUAAACUGAGUGCUGCAGGUUUGGUCUUUGGUAAUACCGUGGCCGAAUAUUCAUUUUUAGGUUUCUUGAUUGUAUUUAUCCGAAAAAAUUCGGGAUGGGACAGCCUGUGGUAUGAGGUAUUGGUUUCCACUGCCCGAGAGUGCUUCUCAGCAUUUUUGGCCAGUAUCCUAGCAUACGCAACGCAUCAACGCGUACGUCCAGUCAGAAUGAUUCUAGUCAAUCAUGCAAUUUUCAUCAUUGGUAUGCUGAUGCUACGGUUUCAUCAUCCGAUUUUGUUUUUCUUGGCAUUGGCACUUUUAUCAGUGGACAUUUCAGCAGACAAAUAUAUGGACGAGUUUCUCAUUGAUCAAUCGACAGUUGAUCAACCAACAGUUACUCAAUCAGAACAGGUUGCAGGUCAAUUGACAGUUAAUCAAUCGAAACAAGUUACAGAUCAACCAACAGUUACUCAAUUAGAACAGGUUGCAGGUCAACCGACAGUUAAUCAAUCGGAACAAGUUACAGAUCAACCAGCAGUUAAUCAAUCGAAACUGGUUAUAGAUGCUUGGUGGUUUAUAGCAGGAUUAGCAGGGGCCGUUAUGGGCGGGCUGCGGAUAUCAAGACUUCCAACAAGUGCACAGCUCUUUAUUUCAGCAAUUUUGGUGGGAAUUGGUUGCAUAUCAGUCUAUUAUUAUAGCAAACGUUAUGAGGUAUCUUCAGGAGAUCAUGAAGGGGAAAAGCAUGAAUUAAGGCCGCUUCUGAAGUUACUCCCUCUGUGGGCACCUUUUCUUAUAUUUUAUGUUGUUGAUGCGGCAGGUAGCGUCUUCUUUGAUUAUGAAGCUUAUUUGUAUAUAAUACAGAAAUUUUCUGGAAUCAUAGUGUCGCGUUUAAUUGAUUAUGUGAUCGUAAAGUUUUGCGGCAAGGUAAACCAACAAGUACAACAGCGCAUUAGGCUAGCGAAGAUUAUUUUCGGGAUGUUGGUUUGUUUUUUGCUCUGCAUUGACGCUUGGCAUGUUCAGGCUAAAGGAAAAUCAAAAGGCUCAUUCACCUUCACUCUACAGUUUAUCUUGUUAGGAAUUAUGAACGAAAUGGUUAAAGAAAUGUUGGGAGAAUACUUCCGUGACCAAGUACCAGAUCAAUCCAUGCAUCAUUUGGAAUUCACAUUCAAUAGCUUUGUGGAAGGAAUGGGACGAUUGUUAGCUGUGGUAUGUAUUCUAGUUUCUAGAAAUUGGAUUGAUGAGAAGAUCGAAAAGAUAGGAGAGGUCAAAAAUAGCCAAUUAGACAAAUGCUUUCGAACAUUGGCAUUUAUGAGCUUAUGUGCCUUAUUUAUGUUCGUAUAUCUAUCCAAUACCUGUUAUUAUAAGAAAAAAACAGAGGAUCGUGAUGUCAAUUUUGAGAACUUGGAAGUGGGUAGCGUCAGCCUCAACAGUAGCCGCCCUUGGGAAUCUCAAUCUUCCUCUCUACACUCAUUAUCAAUAUCACAAUCCACCGCUCACUUCCCAGGCAUUGAAUUCGUCUCUGCAAGUUCAGAAGCAACAGUACUCCCAAACUUCGAGAGUGCAGGAUCCUCUGUUAAUAGAGACUACUGGUCAAUUGUAAAAAGUUACCAAAUAUGCCAUCGCUUUUUAAGGUACAUCAAGGAACGCCGAGGAGCGAAAGAAAAGUCUAGUUGAUAACGAUUGCUUCACAAACUUGUUCUAAACUACUGUGAGUGGUUUCACUUUUGAUGACAGUGAUCUGUUAUUUUUAUGUUCUCAUUUUGUGCUGCUCUGUAAGUGUUUAUGGCUAGUUAUGUUAUGGAUGUGCUUAAUUGUUAAGAUUCAUCGUAAUUAAUUCUUGUAUGACAUAACUUGUGAACUUUUGUAUAUAUGACCCUUUGUAUUAUAUAUGAUUGUGCUUAUGUUACAAAUACUUAUAUGGUUUGCUAUCUUGAUUUUUACUUGUUCUACAUUAAACUCUAUUCUAGACA